AUGCAUAUUGCUCUUUACACCCUCGCCUUCUCGGCCGCCUCUACCCUCGCGGUUCCGGUGUCUGUGACAUCCUACAACCGCACCUUGAACGCUGGCGUUCCCACCAGAAUCCUGGCUCCCGUUGCCGAGGCCGUCAACACCCCCGAGCAGCACAAUCAUCUCGAGUCCCGUACCUUCGGUCUCCUGGCAUGGCUGGCCCACAAACACGGCCUGUUGGGAGGCAGCGGCAGCGCUGAUGUCAGCGGAAGUGCCGGUCUCGGAGGCAGCCUUGGUCUUGGAGGCGAUCUUUCUGGUGCCCUUGGUGGUAGUGGUAGCGCUGGUGCUUCUGGUAGCGCUUCUGGAAGCGCUGGGGGAAGUGCUAGCGGAGAUGCUAGCGGUGGUGCGUCCGGCAGCGCUGGUGGCGAUGUGUCUGGAAGCGCUGGAGGUAGUGCUGGUGGUGACGUCUCCGGUAGUGCCGGCGGCAGUGGAAGUGCUGGAGGCAGCGCCAGCGGAGAUGUUAGCGGUGGUGCAUCCGGCAGCGCUGGUGGCGAUGUUUCUGGAGGCGCUGGAGGUAGUGCCGGUGGAGAUGUCUCCGGUAGUACUGGCGGCAGCGCAAAGGGUGGUGCCUCCGGGAGCGCCGGUGGUAGUGCUUCUGGAGGUUCCGGAGGCAGUGCCAGCGGAGGAGCCAGUGGUGCUGCUUCCGGAAGUGCUGGAGGCGACAUUGGUGGCAGCGCUUCUGGAGGUGCCGGAGGAAGUGCCAGUGGAGGAAUCAGCGGCGGUGCCAGCGGAGACGUCGGAGGCAGUGCUGGUGGAAGCGCUGGCGCAGGAGGCGACACCGAAGGAAGCACCGGUGCCGGUGUUAGCGGAACUGCUGGUGGAAGUGCUGGUGGUGACGUCUCCGGAAGUGCUGGUGGAGAUACUGAAGGAAGCACUGGAGCCGGUGUUAGCGGAACCUCGGGCGGAAAAGCCGGCGGCAGUGCCAGCGGAGGAAUCGGUGGCAGCGCAGGUGGCGAUGUCAGCGGCAGUGCCAAUGGUGACACUGAAGGAAACGCAGGUGCCGACGUCAGCGGAAAUACGGGCGGAAGUGCCAGCGGAGGAGCCAGCGGAAACCUUGGCGGAAGCGUCGCAGGCAACGCUGGUGGCCACGCUGGUGGCGGUGCUAGCGGUUCCGGAUCCGGCUCCGCCAGCAGCAGCAGCUCUUCCUCUUCCUCGUCCAGUUCUUCCUCCAGCUCCUCGUCUUCUUCCUCCUCUUCAUCCAGCAGUGGCUCUUCAUCAUCCGCUGGAGGUGAAGCCGACUCUUCUUCUGAGUCUCCUGAGGAUUGCGACGAGUAG